AUGAUCCAAUUCAUGGUUCAGUGUGGGCACGUAUUAAUAGCACUGCCCCUGGGCGUGUCUCACCUUCGAAGCGGCGAACCGGUGUUGAUCCUUAGCUCCUCCGCUUUUUUUUCUUGCUUCAUUCCACAUCCUUCUCUCUUCCUCCUUGUUACUUUCUUGUCUCUUGUCCGCAUCAUCCUCCGCUCUCUAUCUACUAAACCUCCCCAGAACCAACUUGGCGCACUCGCUUCGACUACUCGACUCUUCUCUCAAUCUACUCGAAACACAAACACACCCCUCCAUCACCACCACCAAACCAUCCAUCCCCUGAGCAGUCGGACUCAUUACCACUUCCACCACCACAACCACCUCACAAAAAAUGACCGCCCAACCCCUCACACCACCCACCCUCCAAGCAAGCACCACCAAAACCCCCAUGUCCUCAACAAUCACCCCAGUCAGCACCUCGUUCUCCCCCCAGACAACAUCGACGGACCACUCUUCCCCUCCAACCUGAUCAGCCCCGAAAUAAUCGCCAUCCUCCCAACAGACUACACAAUCCGCCCGCUUCGCCGUUCAGACUACCACAGGGGCUACCUGGACGUGCUCCGUGUCCUGACAACCGUCGGCGACAUCAGCGCCGAGCAGUGGGACGCGCGGUUCGACUGGAUCCGCUCCCGCAAUGACGAGUAUUACCUGCUUGUUGUGUGUGAUGGCGAUGAUCGGGUCGUGGGUACGGGGAGUUUGAUUGUCGAGCGCAAGUUUAUUCAUGAGCUCGGUCUUGUGGGGCAUAUUGAGGAUAUUGCUGUUGAGAAGGGACAGCAGGGGAAGAAGUUGGGAUUGAGGAUUAUUCAGGCGUUGGAUUAUGUUGCUGCGAAGGUUGGUUGUUAUAAGAGUAUCCUUGACUGCUCUGAGGUCAACGAGGGCUUCUACGUCAAGUGCGGCUUCAAGCGCGCCGGCCUGGAAAUGGCUCAUUACUACUGA